UGGAACCCGGGUUUCCGUCUGCUCGGGCCGGGUCCCCCCGUCGGUGGCCGGGAUCCCCCGGCGGGCCGGGCGGCGCCGCCAUGUUCAGCCGCCUGGGCGCCUUCCUGCAGCAGGCGGUGGAGACGCAAGAGCCCAGCAUUGACCUGCUGGAGGCAUUCACCGAGCACUGGAAAGGGCUCACUCACUAUUACCUAGAGACCACAGAUGAAAACACCCCCGUUAAGGAGACCGAUAUCCCCUGGCGCCUGAAACAGAUGCUGGACAUUCUGGUGUAUGAGGAGAAGCAGCAUCCAGCAGGGGAGACAGGGCCUUGUUUGGAAUACCUGCUGCAGCACAAAAUCUUGGAGACCCUCAGCACUUUGGGGAAAGCAGAGUAUCCUCCAGGCAUGAGGCAGCAGGUGUUCCUCUUCUUCAGCAGAGUCCUGGGACAGGUGCAGCAUCCACUGUUGCACUAUCUGAAUGUGCACAGACCUGUUCAGAAGCUCCUUCAGUUCGGCAGCAAUGUGCUAGGCUCUGCGACUGAGAAGGAAGAGGUACAGUUUGCCGCUGUUCUGUGUGCAAAGAUCAAGCAGGAUCCUGCUCUGCUCACAUACAUCCUGGAGGGAAAGAAUCUUCUAACUGGGAGCCCACAGGGAGAUGCCGGCAGCAGCCAGGGAGAGAGCUUGGCUACCAACGGAGCCCUGACUGCAUCUCCUGAGCAGGACAGAGAACGUUCCAUGGGUGACGCCCCCUGCACUAGCCUGGCCAGAAAACCAAAGAAUUCUGUCUCCAGCUCCUCCCCUCUGAGAAAGGAAAACAAUCUGAUCACUUCCUUAAUCAACUUGUGCAAGAGCCAGAAGAGCAGGGUUGCACUAAAAGCUCAGGAAAACCUGCUGCUUCUCAUAAGUGUCGCUCAGCAGGCAGCUGCCACGUACCUGGUACAGAACAGCGCCCUUUGCUGUCUGGUGACUGAUCACCUGUGUGACCUGUACAAUGCCGUCCCUACUUCAGCCGACCCUGCAGAUAUCCUCUCCCUAGAGAGAGUCAGCUGGAGGUUGCAGAAUAACUCCACCGAUGAGGCCUCCUUCCCAGGAAAGGGGAGCCUGGAUGCUUUCUUUAGCUGGUUAGAUUACUGUGAUCACCUCGUGAGAGAGGCCCACCCGGUAGUUGCAGAUGCUGUAACGGAGGCCAUUGGUGAAAAGCUCUUCCAGGGGAUUCUGCAGCCACAGCUCUUGCAGAUGUCUGAACUUGGCAUCCUCACCUCUACCGCAAUGCUGACAGCCAUGGUGAGGCAGAUCAGCGCUCCUGCCCUGCUCCAGGAACUGGUGACAUUCCUGCUGGGCACAGAGAGGCAGCCAGAAGCCAUCACUGACUCUCCACAGCAGCACCUCCUGCGCUCUCAGCUGAUAGAGCACUGCAACCACCUGUCUGAUGAGAUCAGCCUCGCUACCCUGAGGCUGUUUGAGGAGCUGCUCCGGAAACCCCAUGAGCACAUUGUAUACAGCCUAGUGCUGAGAAACCUGGAGGAGCGGAGCUACAUCCUGCGCAGCCAGCCGGGGCAGGAGGAGCGGAGCACCCACGAGCAGGAGCAUUACGAGGACACACUGGAGCUGGAGGAAGAUCCCUAUUUCACCGAUGAAUUUCCAGAUACAGGCUUACGGACAUGUAAAAAGCCAAUGGCAUCCUCCCCCCGGGGGCCUGCCAGGCCUAAUGAGAAGACAGAUGUGAAUGAGAUUGUUCUCAGUUUCCUGGGCCUAGUUCCUGAUGAGGCAAAGACCUCCUCCUACCUGGAGGAGGCAGGAUACGAUACCUAUGUGCACGAUGCCUUAAGGCUGUUUCAGGAAUGCUCUGUUAACAUAGCGUCAUGGAAUUGGCCUCAGGCACCAAAACCUCUGGAGCCCUGUGACCCACAAGCAGCGUUUUAUGAGGGCCACUUCCUGAAGGUGCUGUUUGACCGUAUGACACGGAUCCUGGAUCAGCCCUACGGACUGAACCUACAAAUGACAUCAGUGCUGUCCCGCCUGGCCCUCUUCCCGCACCCGCACCUCCACGAAUACCUCCUGGACCCCUACCUGAACCUGGCUCCUGGCUGCAGGACGCUCUUCUCUGUACUCAUCAGGGUGAUCGGAGAUCUGAUGCAGAGAAUCCAGCGGGUGUCUCAGUUCCCAGCCAAGCUGCUGCUGGUCCGGAGACAGUUAAUGGGGCUGGUCCCUGAAGAGCAGAUCGAUCACAUGACCCUCUUCCAGGGAGUGGUGGUGCUGGAGGAGUUUUGUAAGGAACUGGCAGCCAUCGCCUUUGUGAAGUUCACCCCUGAGGGCCCUGCGUGAGCCCAGCCUCCGGCUCUCCUC